AUGCUGCCUGAAAAUGGCGGCGAGAACGGCACGGGUACAUCGGGUCUACACAGUCCCUCAAAGUCGCCUCAACCUCCUGUAGAGAACAACGAACCCAAGACUAACGGCAGUGUAAACCCUUUAGAGAAGAUCGAACAAUUACUCACUUGUUCCAUAUGUUUGGACCGUUAUAAGUAAGCGGUAAUUUUGCAAGCUGUAUUUUAGUAAGAAAGUAUUGGUGGACGUAUAUUAGCCAUUUUAGGAUGCCAAAGUUACUUCCAUGUCAUCAUACUUUUUGCCUUCCAUGUCUGGAGAGUUAUGCUGAUACUGUACAUCACAACCUUAAGUGUCCGGAAUGUCGUUCCGAGCAUGCGGUGCCAUUUGAAGGAGCCAAGGCAUUUCCCAACAACUUAACUUUGGCUAAAUUCCUGGAUAUUCAUCUGGAGGCCACAGAUGACAAUCAAGAACAGCUGGAGGCGUAUAUCCAAAGGUAAUAUAAAUCAAAUAAAUUAUUUUGAAGUAUGCGAAAGGCAUUUAAAUUCUAUUUCUUUAAGGUACAACAUGGAACGUUGCAAAAUUUGUGAUGAAAAGGCGGAAGUCGAAGUUUGCGCACAUUGCGAUCGAAAGGCAUGCAAAGAUUGCCGGAAAGCUCAUAUGGAAAUGGUUAAGCGUGAUCUCAGUCGUCUUUUAAAUCAAGUGAAACGACUCUCAAACCGCAUAAAAGAAGCCAACGCAUGUGUAAAGAAAGGAAUCACAUCCUUGAAUGAGAACGUUGAAAUCACCAGGAAUGAAGUAAAAGAUUACUUUCAACGAUAUCAGAAUGAACUCAAGAAAAGAGAAGAGCAUUUCCUAAAUGAAGUAUUACUUUACGAAGAGAACGAGACAAGGGUAAUGAGGACAUUGGGAGAACGGUUGGACGCAGAAGAAUCGAAUCUAACAGACGCCUGUAGUUGGGUGGAAAAUGUUUUGGGAGGUGAACUUGAAGCGAAGGAGGAUGAGCUUUGCAAAUUCAAACAGAGUUUUGCAGACGGAAUUGAAUAUCUCAGGAAUUUCCAGGUAAGUUAUGGUGGGGUAACGAUCCACGCAAGUCCUAAUAAUUUUGCGAAAGCACAUCUCCUCUGCCGCCCUUCGGCCUGUUUCAACAAGACUUAUAUCCCCGCUGUACCGUUACAUUUAUCGUUUUGAGCCGUCAAGAAAAACUUUCCAAUUGUAUUGAAUUGUUGCCAUUUGUCUAACUAACUUUUAUUUUUAGCCAGAUUCUGAUGAAUUGUUUUCCAAGAAGAUCCGCUUCUCCCCUGGUGACGAUGCCUCCAAAUUACCUCAAGCCAUCUGUAAUUUCGGAGAGCUUACCGUAUAUAUGCCUCAGUUUGCUGGUCGUUAUCUUCCCAUGGAACAGCAAUAUCUCCCACGUCCUCUCAGAAUGGGAAUGGAAAGUGAUUCGUAUCGAACCAGUUUGAGAACGAGGGAGGAAGAACGGCAGUCUAAGUGAGUUCUUCACUUGUAUUAGGACCUAUCUCUGUAAUCAUAAUAUAACGGGCCGGUGACUUUUAUGUCUGUUUGUCCGCUUUCUUUGUUUGUGGUGACAUCCAUUUUCAUGUCGCAGUAUUACGCACUUGCUUUUCCUUAUUACUUUCUUCCAGUUCAAAUUUUACCCUGUUGUAUCUAUCCGGUUAUUUUAGUCACUUUCAAAUUGUAUACGGUUGACUUCAAUAAAUUCACAGAUCUUUUUUGAUUGUUUUCUUGAAUCACUGGUCCGUUCAAACCACGUAAAACUGAAUUAUUUUGCACAUUUUUUAAUUGUAGAUAUGGAGACGAGAAGUCAUCAAGUUCUAAGGCUUAUCGACGUCGGCACACUCAUGGUGACGACGAAUGGGCUGCUAUUCGUGCAGAUCGGCUGAGAAGAGGAGCCGAUUCUGGAAGAAGCUCCCCUAAUCACACGCCAUCUCCAUUUUCUAAGUCACCGUUCUUGUCGCCAGCUCAAGUGACAGAACAAUGUGAAGCAGCAGCCUUGACAGCUGCAUCCAGAUCUCCGGAACUUCUGAAUGUUGAGGACGCUCGUCCAGCUUCUGUCAGUCCAACAAUAACACCACCAGCAAACAGACGUGUUCGACGUGCUGUCCGAGAUCGUUCCUCAUUCUUGGUUGAUGAAGUACUUCUCUCAUCAAACAGAGGAUUGUCUCCCCGAGAAGCCUUUAUGCAAGCUGUUGAGAAACAAACUACCCCAACAGUAACUCUGAAUGAUGGGUCAAGUGAUAUCAAUUCAAGCAAACCUCCAUUACCUCGACAAAGUGAGAGCAAAGAUGAGGACAGUCUGAACGCCAAGGUAGAAAAGAUUGUUGAGGCCGCUCAUCAACGGUCUGCGGCUUCGAGUUCUUCUAAUCUUAACAACGGUAAGACGUUGUCUUUGCUUCAGUUACAAUCAUGGGUUUUUUAACAAGUUUUAUACUGGAUGCUUAACAUUUUAAUGACAUUGCUUGCUCUUCUUCCAGAACAACGAAAUGAAAUUGUUUCCACUAACGAGAUCUCAACACCAGUACAACGGCGGCAAAAGUUUAGAAUAAUAUGCCGUUCCUCAUCUCAGAAUCCGGCCCGUCAUUCGUUGGAUUUAACCAAAGUUGGGGACCAGGAAAACGGUAGGGAAGACGGGGUGGCGAAUGGCGUUGUGCUGAUUGUGGGCGGAGGCGACGGAAAGGAGGACGAGAAGCCGCCGGCACCACGCCGACGGUCGAUUGUAGGCCUUACCCUGCCCGCACCCGGUCAGAAAUACGUUCCCGUAAGCAUGGUUGCCCGUCCCAUUCGGCCCAGUAAUUCCACCGACGUUGAGGAUAAUGAGGAAACGGAGUCACCGAAACCGCCGCCCCGGCCCCAUUCAAGCACCGGCUUCGCGGAUGAGAUGAAGAACGCCACGGUCAUUCCUAUAUCUUUCUUUCCAGGUGAGCCCACCCUCGCUUUCGACGAGCCCAUGCCGACGACGCGACCUCGCCGUCUUUUUGGAAUGUCUGUUGCCGAUGAUUCUACAGAGAAUGAAAACACGAACACUAAUGGAGUUGAGGAUAAUAAUAAUGCCGGUCCAGCAGUUCCAAGUCGUUGGAUGCUUCGCCGUAGGGAGAAAAUGCUUCGAUCCAGGACAAAUCCAGAUGUUUUUGGAAGUCUGGACCCUCUCGAAAGAAGACGUCUUAUUUCCGAGGCUAAUUCUCGCCAUACUUUCGACAGACCCAUGGAUGAUCCUGAAACUGAACCUGCUGUGACAUCCCCCAGUUACCGACGUCAACGUUUCUUCAUUAGCGAUGAGAACGAGGACAUUAUGCUUCCAUCCACAUCGGCUUCGUCGUCGCGUCGUCGGCAUGAAUCGGUGUCACGCCGAGUGCAGGAGUUGCUCAACGAUAAAGAGUUGAAAGAGUUGCUUGCAGAUUCAACCAAGACAGUUCCGUCAAUAACUUCCCCAACGAUCAAGAACACAUUCUUUACAAAGGAUCCGGAUACUCCGAGCACUCCAACUGAGAGAAGGUCGAGAUUUACUCGACGAACUUCGUCUACAAGGUUGUCAUUGGAAGCAACACCUUUUAUUGACUAUUCUUCAAUGGCGAAGCCAAAAGUGGUUUUUGGGCAGAAGGGCGAUAAAGCCGGCGAAUUGAAUUGGCCUCGAGGCAUUGCGACUUUGGGUGGAGGGAUCUUUGCAGUCGCUGACUCCUCUAAUCACCGAAUUCAAAUAUUCGAUGAAGACGGGAUACUGAAAAGGGUAAACUACGAAGCUGUUUUCCCUCUGAGAAAAUGGCACCACCCUUUUUCUUUUUUGAAAUUGGUAUACUAUUUUAGAAAUUUGGUACGUAUGGAGCUAUGGAGGGUCAAUUGGAUAGCUGUGCAGCUGUAGCCUACAAUCGCAUAAGCAAGCACUUGGUCGUAUCAGACCGUUACAACCAUCGGAUACAACUAUUCGACCUGGAUGGAAGAUAUGUCAGGAUGUUUGGAGGGCCUGGAAAAGAGAAUGGAAACUUCAACAACCCUUGGGGAGUAGCCAUUGAUAAUUUGGGUAUGAUCUACGUCUGUGAUAAAGAUAAUCAUCGUGUACAGGUAGGCGAUAAAUAAAACGUCUUGAUGGUUCUAGAUAUUCGACAAGAAUGGAACUUUUAUGCAAAAAUUUGGCAGUAAAGGAGAUGACAUUGGCCAGUUCAACCAUCCGUUAUUUAUCGCCAUUCACAGCAAAACCCAAAAUCUGUUUGUUAGCGACAGCGCUAAUCAUCGGAUUUGUGUGAUGGAUCAUAAUGGAGGCCCUAUUUUAACAUUCGGGGCUGAAGGAUUUAGUGUUGGUCAACUAAAAUUACCCCGAGGCAUUGUGAUCGAUGAGCAGGUAGAUUCUUAUUUAUUAAUUUAUACGGGUUCAGGGCUUUGUGGUAGUGGCUGACAGUGGAAAUAACCGAGUCCAAGUAUUUUCUCCCGACGGAAAAUUUGUUCACGGUUUUGGAGUUUGGGGUACAGCGUCUGGCCAGUUCAAGGGCCUGGAAGGCGUGGCCUUACUGGAUAGAAGGAUCGUGGUUUCGGACCGAGAAAACCAUCGGAUUCAGAUCUUUUAG